AGGCCGCAAACUUGAGCCGGACACUGAUGGACACAGAGUUAAAUCCGAUCCCCAGGUCCCAAAGGCCUCAAACUUGGAGCUGGACACAGAUGGACACAGGAUGGUUGACUAGUAGAUGUCCAACAGGCGAGAGCCAGCCAGCCCCAGCUAUUGCCAGAAGGCUUCUCGGAGGCCUGUGAAAGCCAGCACAGGGGAGGGCUCCGUGAGAAGGGACCUCUAGAACAAUGCUGCUGCUGCUGCUGCUGAGGUGCGUGAGGUGAGAAGGACCCUCCAGACGGACCCCCCCCCGGGAGCCUCCGGGAACAGGUGACUGGAGCCAGCCGGAGAAGCCCGGAGGAAGGCGGCGGGAAGAGGAGCCAGCCCGAGGAGCGGAUCCCGGCCGGCUCAGCCGGACGGACGGAGUCCAGCCGUGGGGGAGGAAGCUGGGGGGGAGGGGGGCGGCGACGCCAUGGCGACCAAUUUUAAUGACAUCGUCAAGCAAGGCUACGUGAAGAUGAAGAGCAGGAAACUCGGGAUCUAUCGGCGGUGCUGGUUGGUGUUCAGAAAGUCCUCCAGCAAAGGGCCCCAGAGGCUGGAGAAGUACCCGGAUGAGAAGUCGGUGUGUCUCCGGGGAUGCCCAAAGGUGACAGAGAUCAGCAAUGUCAAGUGUGUCACGAGGCUCCCCAAAGAGACCAAGCGGCAGGCCGUGGCCAUCAUCUUCAGCGACGACUCGGCCCGCACGUUCACCUGUGACUCAGAGCUGGAGGCAGAGGAGUGGUACAAGACACUUUCAGUGGAGUGUUUGGGGGCCCGACUCAAUGACAUCAGCCUGGGAGAGCCUGACUUGCUGGCCCCGGGGGUACAGUGUGAGCAGACAGAGCGUUUCAACGUCUUCCUGCUGCCCUGCCCCAACCUGGACGUGUACGGAGAGUGCAAAAUGCAGAUCACCCACGAGAACAUCUACCUCUGGGACAUGCACAACCCCCGCGUCAAGCUCGUCUCGUGGCCCCUCUGCUCUUUGCGUCGCUACGGUCGGGAUGCGACCCGCUUCACCUUUGAGGCUGGCCGCAGGAUGUGUGACGCGGGCGAGGGGCUGUACACGUUCCAGACCCAAGAGGGGGAGCAGAUCUACCAGCGGGUGCAUAGUGCCACCUUGGCCAUCGCCGAACAGCACAAGCGGGUCCUGCUGGAGAUGGAGAAGAACGUGCGGCUGCUGAGCAAGGGCACCGAGCAUUACUCGUACCCCUGCACUCCCACCGCCAUGCUGCCCCGCAGCGCCUACUGGCAUCACAUCACCGGCUCCCAGAACGUCGCCGAAGCCUCCGGCUACCCCGGCGAGGUGUACGGGGCGGCCCAGGCGAGCUCGGAGAGCGAUCUUCUGAACAGAUUCAUCCUGCUGAAGCCAAAGCCCGGCAAGGGCGAGCUCAAGGACGCCAAGUCUGCUUCCCAGUGACUGCUCCCCUCAACCGAAGAUGGCCCCUCGCGGGGUGCGGGGUGGGGAGGGACCGACCACGUUCACCAACAGACCCCUCUACCUCAGCUCCCCGACCCGCAGUGGCAGUCGGCCCGGGACCCCCGACCCUGCAGCUGGAGAGCCCCGGGCCAGGUGGCCCUCUGCCCUGUCCCCAAGGGCCAGGUCCAGCCCAAGGCGGGCCCCACCGUCUGCUCUGCUGGGGCUGGGGCCCCAGAGCUGCCACGGGACUGAAUACUGUUACUGAUUUUAAAAUAUAUAUAUAUACAUACAUAUAUAUAUAUAUAUUGCAUAUUCUAUGUAGUGGACUUCUUUCCCCCAUGAAUGCAAUUUUUAUAUUUGUUGGCAACCAGGAACUAAGGACCUUGGAGAUCCCUGAGUGCCGCGGCCCCCGUGGGGGCAGGCGCUUGGCGGGCCUCAGUGGGACGACUCCGCCACGACUGGAAGCAUCGGAUGGGGCGGGGAGUUUGAGGCCUAGCGCGGGAAAGCCAUGUGGACCAAGAAGUGGCGGGGAGCCUGCUUCUCCCCGGGGCUCCCCUUUACCUCCCGCUCUGGGCUAGGAGCUGGCCAGGGAGACGGCCUCAGCCUCCCGCCAGCCUGGUUUGCACUUGAUUAUUUAAGAAGGGAAAAAAACAAAGUGAAACUUGGUUGAUGUCUCAGGAGAAACUGGUUUUCUUUCCAAUCUGCAAUUUCUGCACAAGUCCCUCCCCCAGUCUGGGCAGGGUCCCAGGAGGCUUGGAAAUGUAUAUAAUCGCCCUCCUGAAAUAAGGCUGAGGGGUCGGGGGGGAACGGGGGAACUGGGCCCCUGGCCAGGUGGGCCACAGGCCAAGUCUACUGCGUCCCAACGACGGCUUCCCCUGGCAACCAGCUCUCGCCGUUUCCUCUCGUCCCGAGGCGGGAAUGGCCGGAGCAGGCCGGGCUGGGGGAGCCCCCUUGCCACCCCCUGUCCCUACUGGCCAGAAGCACUGUCCUGCCUGGGCCCAACCUCCUGCCCUACCUGGCUAGGUCUUCCUCCUCCUUCUGGGUAGGCUGAUUCCCUAACGCUGCUGAAAUGCAAUCAAAGCAAUUGAUUUUUUAGUGCUGGUAUUUAUUGACUUCAGUGCAGAAGGGCUAUCUUUCUAUUCAUGUCAAACGUUUUGGGUUUUUUUUUUUAAAGUUGAUGUUCCUGGCUUUUUUGAGAGUCCACGCUGUAAAUACCAUGUAUUCCCAUUCGGGCAAGAUAAAGGAGUCCUCCCCAGCCACUGGAACAGGAGUGAUAGGGCUCAGGCCUGGCCCCCUUCUCCUCCCCCUUACCUCCUUUCGGGUCCAAACGGGGCUCCUCCGCGCUGGGGUGGGCAGUGUUUCGGGAGCCUUUCCCUCACCGCUGACCUUUCCUUUGGAGAGGGUCCUCGUGGGGUACGCGGAGAAAACUGGUUGCUGGCAGAGCUGGCUAGGCCAGCCCAGGACAAGAAACUGCGCCGAGGGGUUAAAACCAGGAACUGCUAUGCUGUUUAUUGCCAAAACGAUUUUUAUUAAAUAAAAAGACAAACCUCCCCACCCCCCAAACCUGCUCACUCAAUAAAGGACCUGUACUCUC